AUGCCUGCCCAAGUGAUCCCUGAGCAGACCUAUCAGUCCCUCCACCAACCCAUGAUAGAGGAGACCAAUUCAUUUUUACUUCAUAAAAGAUUGGAAGGAAAAGUAGCCAUCAUCACCGGAGGCGCACAUGGAAUCGGCAAAGCAACCGUCAAACUUUUCGCUAGACACGGUGCCACCGUAGUGAUCGCCGACGUGGACGACGUAGCGGGCUCUUCCCUGGCUAAGUCCCUCUCAUCAUCCCAACCCCCUGCAACCGCCGUGGCAUUCAUAAGCUGCGAUGUCUCUAUCGAAGCAGACGUGGAAAAACUUGUGAACCAAACCGUGGCGCGGUUCGGUCGGCUCGACGUGAUGUUCAACAACGCAGGAAUUCUCGGCGACCAAAAGAAACACAAAAGCAUAUUAGACUUCGACGCUGAAGAGUUCGACCAAGUGAUGCGUGUGAACGUUCGAGGCACAGGGCUAGGCAUGAAACAUGCGGCACGUGCCAUGAUCAAAAGAGGGUUUAAAGGUUGCAUAAUCUCGACCGCUAGUGUAGCCGGUGUGAUGGGUGGCAUGGGACCACAUGCGUACACGGCUUCGAAACAUGCGAUCGUUGGUCUGACCAAGAACGCAGCUUGUGAGCUAGGCAAGUAUGGGAUUAGGGUUAAUUGUAUAUCUCCCUUCGGAGUUGCCACGUCGAUGCUGGUGAACGCGUGGCGAAAACCGAGUGGUGGUGACGUGGAGGAGGAUGGUGAUGACGUAGAGGAAAUGGAAGAGUUUGUGAGGAGUUUGGCUAAUUUGAAAGGAGAGACAUUGAGAGCGAAUGAUAUAGCUGAAGCUGCCUUGUAUUUGGCAAGUGAUGAGUCUAAGUAUGUUAAUGGACAUAACCUUGUCGUUGACGGUGGUGUUACGACUGCAAGAAACUGUGUUGGUUUGUGA